GCAGAUCCACAGGGGCUGAGCAGAUCCACGAGCUCUCUUGGAUUUCUGCUGGAAUUCACAACAGUGUGGAUCUGCUCCCAGCCCCUGGUUGAGCUCUCUCUCUAGCGGAAAGCCAGCAAUGGCUGGACUGAGAAGACUGGACAUCGACUACUCACUAGUUGUGACUGAUCAAGCCAUCUGUUGUUCUGACUAGUGUGUCACGGCUCUACCUUCCAGGUAUCGAGCUCUCUUGGAUUUCUGCUGGAAUUCACAACAGUGUGGAUCUGCUCCCAGCCCCUGGUUGAGCUCUCUCUCUAGCGGAAAGCCAGCAAUGGAUGGACUGAGAAGACUGGACAUCGACUACUCACUAGUUGUGACUGAUCAAGCCAUCUGUUGUUCUGACUAGUGUGUAUUCCUAUGAAUUAUACUGUACAGAUUGAUGACGUUGUCUGGAAACGUCACCGGAAUCAGUUACGUCCACGUUCAGUUCCACUGACUCAGUUUGCAGAACGAACGGGUCCGGCUGUGCAUCCUACACAACCAUCGCGUCACGACAUGGUCCCGCAGCCGACCAAUACCCGUAAGCCUGAGUCUCCGCAAGAUGCAACAGUUGACCAACAGGCUACACAGAGCUUGCCAGAGUUAGCUUUGCAACAGCAACAACAGCAGCAGCAAGAGCAGCAGCAACAACAACAGCAGCAAGAGCAGCAACAACAACAACAGCAGCAAGAGCAGCAACAACAACAACAGCAGCAAGAGCAGCAGCAACAACAACAGCAGCAACAACAAGAGCAACCGCAACAGCUACAGCAGCAGCAAGAGACGCAGCAGCAACAGCGACAGCAGCAGCAACAACAGCAGAAACCGCAGCAGCAUCGCAGAGAAUGCGGCACAGAGCCCGCUGCACCGUCCAGAAAUGGUCAACACCAGUCGUUUACACGGUCUGGUCGAACAGUUAUCAAACCAGCUCGGUAUAACCAGUAGCAUUCUUGGUAUCUGGACUGUUCUGUUUUGAAUAGAUUGAGUUGGAACUCUCUUUUCAUACCUGAUGAAUGUAUGUGGGUGAAUCACACUGUCUAACUCUACUGUGGCAGCAUUGUGAGGUACUCACCACUCUGUAUAUAU